GUCACAUGGGCCGCGAGGCACGCCGGGAGGCUGCCGGCGCCGGCCGGGCGCGUUUCCCGUCCUCGGCAGCCGGCGGGACCUUUCGGCGGCCGCGGGUGCUGGGAGCGUCCAUGUGGGGAAAGCGCCAUCUGUGGGAGCUUUUGCCGGCAUGAGCUGCGAUGGAACCCUUCAAGUAACGGCUGCCUGUCUUCUUCCUCUCCCAGAGGCCGUGCUGAGGACUCAGUUGUCUGUUCCUCCCCGUGGUUGUUGCUGACUACAUUUGCCUCAGGUUUGUGUGGGCUGCCCCUGUUUGGACCAGGGACCGGUGGACACUUACUGGCUUUGGACCAUCCACAGGAGCUGCUGUGGAUGAAGCUUAAGAGGCUAGAAAAUGGUAAAGCAGCUGGAGAAUGAAAUCAAGGGGAUUGAGCUAGAAGGUGCCUCCAGCCACAGACAAGAGACAGCCAGCCUUUCUGAGUGAGGAAGGGUCCCUCUGAGUAGUCCUCAGCAGACCAGAUCACUGACAAGCACCGCAGGGUGGAGGACAGUCAAGUGACUAGAGCUGCAGAAGAGGAAGGGGGAGAGAAAGAGAAACAGACAGAGAAAGAAGCAUCAGAACUGGAAAAUUCUGUGGGCAGUGCUGAAAGCAGGAGCUGUCGUGAGUCCCAGGCCCUUAGGGCCAUGUCUCACUCAUCUGCAUCCUGCUCUCUCCCUGCCCCCCUCUGCAUCCGCCACCCCUCCAGAUCCCCGCCCAUCUCUGUUUGUCUCUGCCACCGUCUCUCUCUGUCCUUCAUCCCUCUGUCUCUCUUUGCCUGUCCAUCUGUCUGCCUGGCUCCCUGUCCCUCUGUGUGGCUUCUUGAGCCUCUCUUUUCCUCUGUCUUUUUUUCUUUCCCUCUAUCUCUGCUCUUCUCUCUAUUCUUGUGUCCUGCUCCCUGUCCAUCUCUGCUCCUCAGUCCUGGUCCGUAUUGCUCUCUUUGUCUUUCUGUUCUUGUGUCCUGCUCCCUGUCCCUCUUUUUGUCUACCUCCAUUUCUGUCCUGCAGCCCAUUACCACUUUUCCCUUUUCUCCAUCUCUUUGUCCUGAUCUGCAUUCCUUUUUUUCUCAAUCUCUCUGGCUUGUUCCCUGUUCUCUUUAUUCUCCAUCUGUCUUUAUGUUGUGCUCCCCAUCCCCAUAUUUCUCUAUCCUCUGUCCUUCUGCCUGUCCCUCUCUUUCUCCCUCCAUCGUGGUCCCUGUCAGUUUUUUUUAAAUUUCUCCAUCUCUCUGCAGGACACUACAUCCCUAUUUUUACUGUUUUUUCCAUCUCUCCAUCCUUUUCCCUGUAUCUUUGUUUCUCUCUCUGUUCCUUAGUCCUCCUUCCUCUUCUUAUUUUUCUCUUUCUGUCCCUCUGCCCUGCUCCCCAUCCCUCUCUUCUGCUCCCUGUCCCUGUCUUUGUUGCUUUGCUGUUAUCCUUGUGCAUCUUAUUAUGCCUCUGUGCUGCUCUGUGUCCCUAUUCUUUAUAUCCCCGUCACUCUCUUUUUCUCUCUGUCCCUCUGUGUGGUUCCCUGUCCCUUGUCUUUUCUUUUUCCGGUCCUCUGUUGUCCUACCUGUUCCUCUCUUUUUGUCUCUAUUGCUCUGUCCUUUUCCAUGUCCCUAUUAUGUAUUGCUCCAUCUUCAUCCUGCUCUCUGUCCCUGUUUUUCUCUUGCUCCAACUUGCUGCUGUUCUCCCCGUCACUCUCAUCCUCUCUCUGUCCCAGUGUCCUGCUCCCUGUCCCUCUCUUGUUCUCUGAAUCCCAUUGUCUCGCUCCCUGUCCCUCACCGGUUUUCUGUGUCUGGCUGUCCUCCUGCCCUUCUCUUCCCCUCUCUCCCCCUCUGUCCUGCUGCUCAUCACUGGAUUUUCUUUCUCCCUCUCUCUGUUCUGGUCCUGUCACUCUUUUUGUCUAUUCUUCUGUCCUUCUCGUCCGUGUUUUUUUUUCUCUGUCCUUCUGUCGCUAAUGUUUCUUUGUCCAUCUCUGUCCUGCCUUUGUCCCGCUGUCCAUCCCAUCAUUUCUUGCUAUAUCCAUCUGUCCAGCUGGCUGUCCCUUCUUCCUCUCUCUCUUCCUCUGUCAUGCUCCCCAUCAGUAUUUUUUUUCCUCUGUCCUGCUCCGUGUCUCUCUCUUUCCUCCCUUUUCUCUGUAUUGCUCCCUGGCCCUAUUUUUUUUCUUGCUCCAUCUGUCUGUCCUGCUACUCUUCACUGUUUUUUAUUUCGCCAUCUCUGUCCUUCUCUGGGUUCCUCUUUCUCUGUCCCAGUUUCUUUCUCCACCCCCUGUCUUGUCCUUUCCCCCUGCUCUUUCCUUCUGUUUUUGUUUAUGCCGUUCCCUGUCCCUCUUUUCUCUCACUCUGUCCCUCUGUUCUCUCCUUAGACGUAUUGUUUAAUUAUCCGUCUCUCUCUCCUGUCCAUUGCUAUUUUGUUCCCCCCCCGCCCAAGCCUCCCUUUCUCUCUUUCUCCGCCAUGUUUCUUCUACUUCCUUCCCCCUGUCCUGUUCCCUGUCCUUUUUGUCUCAUUCUCUAG